AUGCCUCGCAAUAACAAGAAACUCAAAGGAGCCCCUGCUCCAGCCCACUCCCGCGGACCUGGCAAACCCUUUGGUCAGUCUUCUAACCCUCCCAGCGGACAGAAUGGAAAUACCCAGGGAAAGGAGACUACAGUCAAGAAGGGUCCUGUGCAGGCGAACCAGAGACCUAUUGUUCCAUUUUUGAGGAAGGAUCGGAUUCUGCUUAUUGGUGAAGGGGAUUUCUCAUUCGCCCGCUCUCUGGCAACCCAAUACAAAUGCCGCAAUAUAUGCGCAACAUGCUACGAUUCCAAAGAAACAUUGGAAGGCAAAUACCCACAAGUGGAGCAAAACAUCCAAGCAAUCCUAGAAUCCGGCAAAAAGCCAAAGAAAGAGACAGAAGGAAAAAGCAAAGUCUCAACCAACACCACUCAAAAAGCCCCUAAAGUCCUCUUCUCCGUGGACGCCCGCAAACUCGGCAGCCCGGGUGGCGGCGCCAAAGAAAUCCGCACUGGCUUCCCUCGCCACGAACGCAAACGACCAGGCUGGUUCCAGCCAAAGACCCCAGACCCGCCUUAUCAACCUGGCGGACCGUGGGAUGUGAUCUGUUUCAAUUUCCCGCAUGUGGGUGGGCUCUCGACAGAUGUUAAUCGUCAGGUGCGGGCGAAUCAGGAGUUGCUGGUUGCUUUCUUUAAGGCUUGUGUGCCGCUUGUUUCUAACGCGCCACCGCUUAUGGAUGCUGAUGAGGAUGAGUGGGAGGUAUCUGAGUCUGAGGAUGAUGAUGAUGAAGAUGAUGAAGACGAAGACGACAAUGGUGGAGAGGAGGGGGAUGAGACAACUGGGAAAGGGAUUCGGACUGGGCCUGGUCAGAUUCUUGUUACUUUGUUUGAGGCGGAGCCUUAUACGCUUUGGAAUAUCAAGGAUUUGGCUAGACAUGCUGGGUUGAUUGUUGUUACCAGUUUCCGGUUCCCGUGGGCGUCUUAUGAGGGAUACUCGCAUGCGCGGACGAUUGGGGAGAUUGAAGGGAAGAAUGGGGAGAGAGGUGGGUGGAGGGGGAGGAUCGGGAUGCGAGGAUGUAUGUCUUUGAGGUGA